CAAGACGCGGCCACCUCCGCAGGCCAUGGACGCGGUAUCAAUGGUGCUCGACGACGACGACCUCCUCCUCGAGAUCAUGAUCCGCCUCGACCUCCCCACUAGCCUCGUCCGCGCCAUCCUCGUCUGCAAGCGCUGGUUCUUUGUCGCCUCCGACCCCGUCUUCCUCCGUUGUUUCCGUCUCUGCCACCCGCCCCGCCUCCUCGGCUUCUACGUCACCACGAGGUCGACCAGCCUCGGGCUGCUCCGCCCGCGCUUCGUCCCCAUGCCGCCUGAUCAGCUGCCACAGGAGCUCGCAGCCGCCGUCCGCAUGGCCGAGAGCUACAGCUUAGAAGCCUACAACGAGGACUUUGCGUGCAUCGAGGACCUCCAGAACGACACCAUGAUCGUCAACGGCCUCUGCGGCAAUAGAUACGCGUUCGAAGUGCACUGGCCGAUGAGCCCUCACCGAGGCGCCACCGCCCUCCCGGUGACACCGCACGACCAGCUCGACGGCACGGCGUGCACGGCCGCCCACUUCAUCCUGAAAGUUCAAGACCAAGGCGGCCGCAACAGGCUCGUCUAUGUAUGGCUGUCCAUGGGGUUCCUCAUAAAAGGAAAGGGCGAGUAUUCCGUCAAAUACAAGGCACACAUAUACGUGCUGCACGAAGACGGCCAGUGGAGCUUCCAUUCAUCGGCCGCGGCGGUGCUCCCUUCUCCAAAGUCGGAUUCGAGACCUCUGCUGGUUGGCACCAAGAUAUAUCUGGAGCACUCUACCAGCAUCGUCGCGCUGGAUGUGAAAACCUCAAGCUUCUCCACGAUUCCGCUCCCGGAAGAAAUGGAGCGGUACGAUUGCAAAGAUAUGAUGCUGUCGGCGGCCUAUGAUUCAGGAUUUUUUCUUAUCCAUCUUGAUAAGGACCUCGAGCUUUGUAUCUGGCUCCACAUUGGGGACUGGUGGCAGCUUCUUGAUGUCGUUGGCUUGCCCGAGAUGUUUGCUACUUUGGGGAUGACAGGUUGGACGGCUGAUGGCGAGCCUGCUACUCUUUUCCAAACAACCAAGACGGGGGAUUUUGCCGAGUUUGUUUUCCUCAAGUUGGGACAAUGUGCACUCUGCUACGAUACUAGGCGCAGGGUGCUGCGUAAAGUGCAUGAGGUGACGCAAGAGGAUCAAACUCUAGAGCAGAUCCAUCCUUUUAUGAUGACAUGGCCUCCCAUCUUCCCUGCGCUCAAGCGUGAUCAUCUUGCAAGAAAUGUCAGCUGAAGUACAAGGAUGCAUUAUGAGUUCUGUGGUAUCUGUGUUAGUGGCAAAGGGCACCCGACUUCACGGAGGAGCAUUGAAUCUCAAGUCUUGUAGUGCAGUUCAAUGUUGCAUUACUGCCUAGACCUGGUUUCGACCUGUUAGUGCUAUCUUCACUUUUUAUUUAAAACAUGUAAU